AUGAAGGAUUUGGAAGAAUAUCGAAAAUGCGCAGUCACACGAGUCGAAACUGAAAUCAUCGAAGAUGUGACUAAUAUUGUUAAAACAUAUCUGGUUGGAGAACGUUCUGAUUCGUUUCAAUCGUUUAAUCAUGCAACAAUAAAUACUGCAAACCAAAAUGCGUGUGGCGAUUACCAAAUCGAGAAUACAUCAGCUGAUAGUGUUUCAGUUUUCGAUAAUGCUUUCUCGGAGAAGAAUUACGUUAGUGUAUUGAGAAAACAAUCAAAAACGAGGAAACCAAAAAUCGAUACAAAAUUUCAGUUUGAAGAUCAAUGUUUUGAGAACUAUUCUAAAAUACAAAGCCAUGAAGCCACUGAAUCUAACGAGGAAAGAAAAUAUGAAAAUUUCAUGGUGCCCAAAGAUACGCCAUCAUUGCACGGCAUAAACGUGUACAUAGAAUGUAAACUAAGACGUACUGAAGAUUAUUCUUCAAUUGAAAUAAACGUUGCAGUACCACAUGUCUUUUCUGCAGUCUUAUCAUUAAUUUAUGAACGUUUACCUCAACUUUCAAACCAUGUAACAGAAAAAGAAGGAAAAAAAUAUGCUGAUGAGACAACUAUCCAGUAUGCACACCAUUUUGAUUACGCAGGAUCAUUUGAAGAUUUACAACAGCAACAGCAGCAGCAUACAACCAUUGAAAAACGGAACCAACCAAGUUUUUUGUUUGAAAAGCCUGAAGUUAUUCAACCGGUAAAGAUACCGGCAUUAAUCAUUUCAAAAUGGGAUUUGCGAAAAAUGGCUGAUACGUCGGCAAUUUUAGCUAAUUUUGUAGUUUCGCGUACAGACUACAAAACAGCAAACAUCGUUCAACAUGAUGUCAAUAAAGAAAACUAUUACAGAUUGGAGCAACAAGGCCAACACUAUAAGGAUGAAAUCAUUAUUAACAAAAAGCAGUACUUACUUACAUCUGAAUCUGUGAAGUCAGAUUCCGAUGAAAAGGAAAAAUUCAGUCACGCAGAUUUCAUAAAGCAGGAAGCUCGUGGAGAAUUCGAAGUUACAAUGAAAGUUAGUAGCAGUCAACGCAGCUCACCAUUGCGGUUGAAUGAGAAUUAUUCUGUUGAAGAUAUCAGUGUUGUUGCUCAAAUUAGUACGGAUGGGAGAAAAGAAGAAAUCGUUACUAUUUUGCCCACGAAAAUAGACGAAGUUGUUAAAUAUACUGUGAAAAACAUUGACAUUAGUGUAUUAGUACAAAAAGCUAUGAAACUAGAUGAAAUACUUCAACAACAUAUUCAAAACUGGAAUGCCACAAGAUUAGAAAAAAUUGCUGCGCAAUUUAGAGAACAUCAAGUUGAGCAAGCAGUGAUCAUGUGCGGCAUGCAGAGUGAAACAUCAAGUCAUGCAGAAUGUACGCAUGUGCUAAUUAUGAAGCCUUCACAGAAGAUCAAAUAUCAUACAAGUGCUAUUGGAGAAGAAUUCGUGCAAAUUCGUCUGAAAUUUGCAUUUAGCAAAGAAGCUUUUCAAGAAACCGAUCACAUGUGUAUGAUUCCGAAUAUACUUUGUGUUUCAUUUACAUGCGCUGCUUCAAGUACUGAAAAGACUGUGGCGGUCAUUUAUAUGCAAAAAAAAAUAACAGACAUAAUGAUGUUCCUAUCCUGUGAUGAAAUACGUAGAACUUUGCGAAUCUCUGAUGGACAUAUUUUAACAACAAAAGAAACAAAAACAGAAUCCACUACAAUGACAGUCAGCAUAGGAUAUAUUCAAAAGUACGCCAAUGAACUUCAGUCAGCAAUCACUUUGAGAGAUAUGCACGAACUUACCUCAUAUCUUCGUGUACGAGAAAGUUGUGAAGUGGAAUAUGUCUCAAAUUUAUCUCUUAGUAAAGGGACCAAAAUGUUAAUUACAAGUACUCAUUUGGCAACACCAGUGAAGUACCAUGAAUGUUAUACCGUAAAAGAAUUUGGAGAAGCGAUGGCACAUGUUGCCGUAAUGUUACAGCGUGGAGGUGUUUCGUAUGGCAAUUUAGAACAUAACUGGCCUCAAGCACUGGCAGGUAAGCCAAAAUUACUUACAUUUGUAAUGUUUAUGGUAAAUACAUUAAUAUCUCUAAUGUUUUUCACCCGUAUUACACUUAUUAAUACUUCCAUUAUUGACCUAAACAUACAGUAAUA